UGCACAGGUGUACCUGAUAAAGGCCAGUGAGUGUAUGUGCACAAACAUAAAUACAUGUAUUUACAUAUAAAACAGGUAACUAAAUAAAGUAAAGAAGGUAUCAGUUUCAGCAUCAGUUUGUUGUAGCAGUAAUCCAACUAUAUAUAUACCGUAUAUAAAAUAAUAAGCUUUCCUACAAACUUAAUAUACCCUGUAUCAUCAGACUGUCAUUUCUAUUUCCUCCAGAUCAUUUCCCAGCUGAUGGUGUUUCUGAUAGGUAUCAUCAGCAUAGUGUACUGUGGUCACAUGGGAAAAACAGAACUAGCAGCUGUAUCACUCGCAAAUGCGGUGGUUAACAUCGCUGGUAUAUCCGUUGGCACUGGUUUAUCAGCAACUUGUGAUACCCUCAUAUCUCAGACGUAUGGGAGCGGUAACUUGAAGCGCGUGGGUGUGAUUCUCCAGAGGGGGAUUCUUAUACUACUGCUGGGCUGUUUCCCCUGCUGGGCCGUCCUCAUCCACACUGAACCUCUCCUACUUGCUAUCAAACAGAGCCCAGAGGUCGCCAGUCUCGCCCAGCUGUAUGUGAAGAUCUUUAUGCCUGCUUUGCCGGCUGCUUUUAUUUACCAGCUGCAAGGACAGUAUCUUCAAAAUCAGGGAAUUAUGUGGCCCCAGGUUAUAACUGGAGUGGUUGGAAAUGUGCUGAACGCUCUCAUCAACUACAUCUUCCUUUAUCCUCUGGAGCUGGGUGUUCCUGGAUCUGCAGCAGCCAAUUCUAUCUCACAGUAUUCGCUGGCUUUGUUAUUAUUCAUUUACAUCUACUGGAGGGGUCUGCACAAAGCCACUUGGGGAGGCUGGUCAAUUGACUGUCUGCACGAAUGGGGUGACUUUGUGAGACUGGCCAUUCCCAGCAUGUUCAUGAUUUGUCUGGAGUGGUGGACGCUCGAAAUUGGAGAAUUUCUGGCUGGUCUGAUAAGCGAGGUUGAGCUGGGCGCUCAGUCCAUAGUAUACCAGCUGAGCAGUAUAGCUUACAUGGUCCCACAAGGAUUCACAGUUGCUGCCACAGUACGCGUUGGGAAUGCUCUUGGUGCAGGAAACGUAGAGCAGGCCAAGCUGUCCUGCAAAGUUCCCAUCAUAUGUAUAUUCACAGUCGCAUGUGUUGUUGGAGCCAGUCUAAGCAUCAGCAGAAAUGUCAUUGGAUACAUUUUCACCACAGAGCAAGACAUUCUUCAGAGGGUUGGUGAGGUCGUGCCUCUAUUAGGUUUCUUCCAUAUUGCCGAAGCCACUUCGGUAAGAAACAGCUCAAUUAACAUUUUGAUGCACAUAAUCAGCAAAGCUUUUCUAGACAUUUUCUUAUAUACAAAAUGUGAUUUGACUAAAUACCCACAGGGAGUAGCUGCAGGUGUUCUUAGAGGAGCAGGGAAACCGUUGUUUGGUGCUCUGUGUAACCUGGUGGGAUUCUACAUCAUUGGUUUACCUACUGGUGCGUCCCUGAUGUUUGCAGCAAACAUGGGCAUUGUGGGGCUGUGGACAGGACUUGUCAUUUGUCUGACACUGCGGUGUAUUGUUUUUAUCAUAUUUUUUUGCAAACUUGACUGGAAAAAGGCAGUUGAAGAGGCUCUUGUGAGAGCAGGAGUCCAGAAUGCAGAAGAAAAAGAGAAAGAGUUGGAGCAAACAGACUUGAAUCAGAAGCAGGCCUCGGUCACCACAACUACAUCCAGCUGUGUGAGUGCUGAGGAGGGGGGCACAGACCUAGAAGAACAUGAUCCAGACCACAGUCAACUACAAUCCACUACUACUACUACUACUACUACUACUGUGGGGGAUGUGCUGUCAGUGCCACAGCUGGUUUUACGGCGUGGCCUGGCGUUGUUAGUCAUGGUUGUCAUUCUUGUCGCUGGAAUCAUAAGCAGCGACUUGCUGGUGAGGUUGUUAAAAGAAUAACACCAUUUUAUAAUGUCUAUAGUGAGAGAGGGCUGCUCAUCCUGUUCUGUGCAGCUUUCAAUCACUCUUCGCUUUAUUUUUAUAUGCUUUGUUUUAUUUUUGCCUUACUGGGCUGUGUAGUCGUUGUAGUUAAUCAAUUAUUACUCAAAGAGCCAGAGAGAACAAUAUAUAUUUUCUUAACUAUCAAACUAAACCAGGGACUGCAAUAAAUAGUGGGGUUACAGUUUUCUAAUGCAGCUACAUUGUACAAUCUGUCCUGUUUGCUUUGAUAUUCAAACACUAUGUCGUAAGCAAUAAUAUUAAGGUGCUGUACAUCUUGAGGUAUCAGAGUUCAUAAGCACAGAUACUGGACUGUGUGCUUUCUCACCUAUUAUCUGUUAAAUCAGAGUGAAACAUGUGGAUCAAAAUGAGUUUUUUGAUCCCAAAGAGCAGUCACUGUACGUCAUCUGAACUGUGACUAACGAAGUCUGCCUAUCAUUGCUGCAAUCGAUAGCUAGAAUUGGCAGGCCGUGCUGGUCAGCUGAUUGAUUCCAGAUGUACUCACACAUGUGGCUAAGCUGCCUUGAGCCCCUAUAUGCUUCAAACAAAAACUGUUUUUUGUGUGGACUGCCAUUUUUAUUUCCUGCCAUUUACUCUAUUUUUGUAUUGAUGUUUUAUGAAGUAUCUUGUGUAUGACAUGUUAUACAAAUAAGUGUCCUUGCCUUGCAAAAUAGACAUAACUACUAUAUCACUGCAGAGGACUGUUUUCCCAAGAAAACCUAACAAAGAUAAUAUUCUCUUGAGGUGCCAGCUAGCUAAUACUGCGCUUUUAAGUGUAAAUGUGUGUAACUGUGUUAGUACGGGCAAUGGAUUCCACCUGGGACACCCUACACUCUAUUCUUCCCUGCCAAAACACCUGAGAAUAGUAGAGAGGUGUUUCAUAAAGAAGGUUAGGUAAAGGGGGCUUUGUGAAAAGUCUGGCUGAGCCCAGAGGGUUUAAAUUGUUCUUUAAAGCCACCUAAGAGCUAAAGUGAUAAGACUAAUUAAAGCCUGUUUUCAGCUGUUAUAUGACUUG